UAUUAUAUUGAAAUAACUGAGGAACUGUACACAACUGACACAGACUGCAAUGUGUCACUGGAGGCUCAGAGCUGCGAAGUGCGCAUGCGCUAGGAGUGAAGCGGAAGGAGGCAUCAUGUCGAUAGAAGACCCAUUUUUCGUUGUCAAGGGGGAGGUGCAGAAGGCCCUCUCUCGUGCUCGGGGCCUGUAUGAGAGAUGGGAAGAACUGUUGCAGGAUGGGACACAGGUGAGUCGUGAUGAGCUGGACUGGAGUACCAAUGAACUGAGGAACUGUCUGAGGGCCAUAGACUGGGAUCUGGAGGACCUCAGUGAGACCAUCAAUAUUGUCGAGUCAAAUCCGGGGAAGUUCAAACUUGGUGACAAUGAACUUCAGGAGAGGAGAGACUUUGUGGAACGAACCAGAAAAUCUGUCCAGGAGAUGAAGGAUCAGUUGUCCAGCCCUUCUGCUGUGGCUCAGGCAGAGAAGAAGAACAGACAGGCUCUGCUGACUUCAUCGGGCCAGGACAGAUCAACGGGACUGGAGGCUCAUAUGGUGUCUGCAAACUCCAGAUACAUCGAGGAGCAACAGGAACAGCAGCAGCUGAUCGUGCAGGAGCAGGAUGAGCAGUUGGAGUUGGUGUCGGGCAGCAUCAGAGUCCUCAAAGACAUGUCGGGACGCAUCGGGGACGAGCUGGACGAGCAGUCUGUUAUGUUGGGGGAUUUUGGAGAUGAGAUGGACCAGACAUCAUCCCGCAUGGACUCAGUGCUGAAGAAGCUGGAGAAGGUGUCUCACAUGACCAGCAGUCGGAGACAGUGGUGUGCCAUCGGCGUGCUGGUCACCAUCAUGAUCGUGGUCCUAAUCCUCUUCUUCGCUCUCUGAUGCCAGCGACCUCUGACCUCCUGACUAUGUUCAGCGACUCCUCCCUGUUAGGACAGACGGAUAGAUGGACAGACACAGGAAGAGGGGGGUGUCUCUCUCCUCCUUCCCCUCCCAUCCCUCCCUUUCUUCACACUGAGGAGAAACCGGUGACCUGCAGAGAAAAGUCAGGAUAUAAUCCUCCUCUUCUCAGCUUUUAAUGAUUCUAGUGAAAAAAAAAAAAGAAAAAACCUACUGACGUCUGUCAGUAGAAGAGCUUAACACAGGAACAACCCCGGCGGUAUUAUGUAUUUCAUACUGGUGCAUUUUGGUUAUUGUUGGAAAUAAUGGUACUGAAUGGGAGGGUCCGCACAGGAAGCUGCUGCUGUCAGGAUAAGAACACAAAUCUGUAAAAAAGAUCGGCAAAUCCAGAUGUGUUCAAGAUAUUUUCAUGUCUAUCACAAUCACACGGACAUCGGAGUUUAAAAUUCACACCCAGCAACCGCUAAGUAGCUAAAUUAGUUUCUGCCAUUGAGUAGUGACGUUCAGAAACAGCAGCAUUUGAACACUUGAGUUGUAGUUUCUUUUCAGAACUACAAAACUGUCCGUGAUGAAAACACAACGUAAUCUAUUUUAUAACUAAGUACUUAUGAAUAGUUUUAGCUUGUAAAGUGCUUUGUAGGACAAGUGAAAGGACAGACAGAAUGCAACUGAGAACAGCUACUGUGUCCCUAAUUUCAGUUGGCUGGUGAGACCCGAUUUUUGGCAGAGCUGCCAGCCAAACAGUCGUUUUUGGACACUGACAACUGAAUUCAUUAACGGUUAGAUCAAGAAAAAGGCAGUUAUUUGUGUUUUAAGCUGACAGCAGCAGUGGGGGGAGGGAGGAGAUUUGGGGGGUGGGGGGUGGACAGGGUUUUUCAGUGUUGCCUUAAAUAUAUUUUUAUAUUGUUGUGAAAUGUGCAGUGUGUUUCUGUGCCUACAUGUGAAUCAGGGCGAGAAAUGAACACCCGAGUAUAACAGUCAUCGGUUGAAUGAGGAGAACGGGCGCUCGUAGUUUGCCUGAAGUCUGCAACAGGACAGCAGCUGAUUUCACUGACAAACACAUUUCAGCCAGGAUGGCAGAGCUGGUCACCUCUGAAAUCAGCUGCUGUGGUGUUUGUGGUCAAAACAAACAACAUGUGGACUCAUAGCAGGCCUGGCACCAAGCUGCCCCGUCCCCUGAUACUAGAUGCUGGUUUUGCUCUACUGCCCACUUUGUCAGAAAUGUGCACAUUCCUGCCGCCGUGGCCAGCGGACAGAAACGGUUCAUUUCCUGCCCCCCGAUCGCGAUCCGUCUCGGUGAGGUGAAGUCAGGUUCCGCAGCCAGCCGCCUUCGCGCCCCUGCAGGCGGUUGAGCACACAAUUGGCUGAGGCUUUGUUACUCACACUGGGUGAUGAGCGACAACCUUGGCUCGGAGCGAAUGAGUAUGCCUGUUUUAUUGAAAAGCCUUAGCUAAUGAGAGGACGAACAGUUGCUGGGCAGGAUGUCGCCACACACAGCCCAGAUUCAGGCUUACAGUGCCCUCUGCUGGAGGCUGUGGGUCAUGUUAUUUCUUUGUGUCAUGUCAGGUAACACUGUCCAUGCCAGGGCGUGUUGCAGUGCUGUAUAAAGCUAUACUAUGAUGCUUUACAUUUGUGUGUAAACGGACAUGAUUCCUGUACAAAGGCUUUAUCCAGAUUCAAUCUCGUUUUUAAUCCUGUGUGAUUUCACUCAUGGUUUUUGAAUUUAGUAGUUAUGAUAUUCCCCUUGUUUUGCAGCAAAGGAGUCAAGAGGUCAGAUUCCCAGGAUUUAAUGCAGGUGGGGGUUCAGGGAUGUUUCACUGCAUCGAGUCCCCUCCCUGCCAGAGCAGUUAAUCCUAUUCUCUCAGUAGUUCACGUGCGCUUUUACAUAUUCAAGCCCUUGUUCGUUAAAUGCUUCAGUGGGGAAAAUUAACUGAAUACUUGGAAAAUGGCUGCAGGCAUAAAUGAAGCACUUGUGUGGCUUCCACUCCAGUCCUGAGUCACAAAAUAGAGGUUUGUGAAGUUAAAGGCAUCCUGAAAAACUAAAGGAUUUCUACCAUAUAGUACACCUUAUUUUUCUGUAAAGUUGAGGCUGUUAUGUCCUUACUGUUUGGAUUUGACUGCACCUGAUUUUACAGCAGGGUACUGUAACGCUGCAUCUGCAUGGGAGAGUUCUGUAGUCAGUGCAGUCUUUUUUGGCUUCUUUCCAGGUUUAGGGACAAAAGAAAGACUAAUUUGAGGCUUUCUAGUCUUUGUUUUGUCCAAAAUGGAACAUCAAGGCAGUGAUAACUGUGACAGAACUUCAGUCAGAUCACAAGCGUGUUAUUUAGCAAAUCUCAUCAGUUAGUUUCUCGGAACUCUUUUAGGUACAUUUUUCAUAACAUCUUAUGACUCAUCUGACUCAUCUUCACCUCAUUAUCUUCACUGUUUGUGUGUCAGUUAUUGCUUUUUGGUAAAAUGAAGCAAACCGUGUCGGUAUUAAAGGUGGAUUUGGGAAACUGACCUCUGACUGGUUAGAAACUGCUGAUGUAAUGAAACGUCUCCUUUAGUUAACUGAAGUGCCAAUGAUCACAAUUUGAUUUCUGUUGUUUAACCAACCAGCAGCUACACAGAGGAGCUUGAGGCUGGGAAUUUUAUUUUGAAUGUAACCAAACUUUUUCCCUUGGAUGACCUGUGUUAUUGUAAUCUUUUUGCUGGUGAAACAGUAAAGAGGUAUAGGGAGGGGGGGGUAUGAAUGUGCACAAUUGUAUACAGUACUGGCUACCAUUGUGCCCUUUAAUGCCAAACAGCAUAUGUGUCUGCAGUGUUUAACUAAAAAGAACUACGACAAAAAAAAAAAAAAAAGGGGGUAAUGGAGGCGGCUAAACAUGACUUGUCAUUGAACUGCUCUGCUAUAUUAGAUACUUCCUUAUCACACUACAUGAAGAAUGAAAGUCACAUGGCAGCUGUUGCUGCUUGGACAAAAACAAAACCUACAUCUGCAUAAAGUGGAUUGAAUGAUUGUUUUCUUACUGGUUCAUGCAGAUUUCUGAAAUUGUUCAGUGAGGUUUUAAGUUUCAUUAAACCUGUUCGACAUGAA